CGGUUCGUCACCACUCUGCAGUCUGCAGUGCAGGUCCAAGACAGGGCAGGGAAGGAGGAGACGCGGCCGGCUGGCAGGUGCACCAGCACGCACCAUGCCUUCCUCCUCCGCCGCCGACUCAGGCCACGGCGUCGCCACUGCCACCGCGCCGUCGAGGGACACGGCCGUCGAGGGCUUCGUCUCGUCCCUGCGCACCCAGGACGAGGUCGACGUGCUCUGCCAGAAGCACGGCGUACCCAAGGAUCAGUACACCGCGCGCCCCGCCGGCGACCUGCGCGCGAACUCUACGCCGCCGCCGGGGUCCAUCUGCGUGUAUGCUCGCGCGCUGGAGGCCGGGCUGCGCUUCCCGCUGCACGGCUUCUUCCGCGAGGCGCUCGCCCACUUCGGCAUCGCGCCGGCCCAGCUCACGCCCAACGGGUGGCGCGUCAUGGAGGGGUUCGUGGCGCUCUGCCGCUCCGCCGGCGUGCGCCCGUCGCUCGCCGUGUUCCUGCGCUUCUUCUACCUGUCCGCCAUCGACCGGAAGCGCAAGAAAGGGUGGUACUGUCUCGGACCCAUGCGCGACAGCUCCAGCUUGCGCUUCACGGGGAUGCCGGGCCGGGGGUCCAAAGCCAUCAUGGGCUGGAGACACGACUUCUUCUUCCUCUCGUCGCCGGAGCCGUGGCACUGCGCCGUGGAGUGGGGCGCGCCGUCCAAGGGCUCCUUCAGAAAGCCGGCGCUCACCGUUGAGGAAAACGAAUCGAUGGUGAAGCUGCUGAGUGCUCACGGUGGCGUCGCUGUUGAUCUUAGGAACCUGCUCCCUGCUACGUGCCCGCGGCUCCGGCGCCGCCGCCGUCUCUGGAACAGCAACCCCGCCGUCUCUGCCGCCGUGAUAACCACAGCAUCCCCGCCGCCGCCUUCUUCUUCAACUCGUACUACUUCCUGUUCCAAAGGCAUGGAUCCAUCUGUCUAUGAAAUGAUGAAGGUUCUGCUGGCGGAGAGGGCGGUCGCGCAAGCGUCGGCGUCGGCGAAGAAGAGGACUUGGGAGGAAGCCAACGGCGGGGAGAACGACGGACACUCACCGCCUCUUUCGGUGGUGUCCAGCGUGCACUCGCCACCGCCACAGCACUUCCUCAGCAGGCAUGACGGAUACACGGAGCUGCUGCAGGGAGCCGUCGCGCAGCAGCUGGAGCUGGAAGGGAAGCUGGUGGCCAGGGAGCGCGAGGCCGCGGCGCUGCGGGAGCUGUUGGAGGAGGCGAAGAAUGAGCUCGCCGCGGCAAAGAGAGCGGCGGACGCGGAGCGGGAGAAGGCCAAAGCCGAGCUCGCGGCGGUGGAGGGGGAGGUGGUGAAGACGAAGGCCGAGCUCUCCGCGUCUCUAGCGGAGGCUGCGCUCGCCGCGUCAAAGCAAGCGGCGGAGGCGGUGAAGACGAAGGCCGAGCUCGCCGCGGCUCGGGAGGAGGUGGUGAAGACGAAGGCCGAGCUCGCCGCGGCAAAGCGAUCCGCGGAGGCGGAGUUGGUGCAGGCCAAUGCCGUGCUCACUGCCGCGAGGCGCGCCGCGGAGACUGAGCUGGUGAGGGUGAAGGCCAAGCUUGCCGCGGUGGAGGCGGAGCUGGAGAGCGCCAAGGCGGCAGCGGUGCAGCAGCUCCUGGCCUCUGAGGAACAAGUGCGGCAGCGCGCGGAGGACGCGCUGGAGGGAUACAAGCGCUGGCGAGGCCGUCACGCUCCGGCCGGCCGUGCUGCCUGAGUACGUACCUUGUCGAUGGGUUUUUGGAAUUUAAAACCUUCUAUGCGCUCUGUUCAUCGCUGGAGAUCAUAAACAAAUCUUUGCCUGAUCCACUCUAUGCGCUCUGUUCCUCUAUCCUGGAGAUCCACUCUAUUUUUAGUUGCCGCAGUUUCCUGAUGUA